AUGGGUGCUCCUAAGCAGAAGUGGACCCAAGAAGAAGAAUCAGCUCUGAAAUCUGGUGUUGUCAAGCACGGUCCUGGCAAAUGGCGCACAAUUCUCAAAGACCCUGAAUUCAGUGGAGUCUUGUUCCUGCGUUCCAAUGUUGAUCUUAAGGACAAGUGGAGGAACAUGAGUGUGAUGGCGAAUGGGUGGGGAUCGCGUGAAAAGUCUAGUGAUGAAGAAAUGGGGGAUGCUAAGCACUUCUCUACUACAGGCUCUUCUGCACUGCAAGUUGCUACUACUCCUUCUUCAAGGAGACCUAAUGUAAGGCUUGAUAGCCUUAUAAUGGAAGCAAUAGCUACCUUGAAAGAGCCUGGCGGUUCUAACAAAACAACAAUUGCCGCCUACAUUGAGGAACAAUAUCAUGCUCCGCCAGACUUCAAACGGUUGCUGUCUACCAAGCUGAAGUACCUGUUAGCUUGUGGUAAACUAAUGAAGGUCAAGCGCAGGUAUAGAAUUUCAAACUCUACUCCGUCGUCUUCCUCCCACAGGAAAAGAAGCAGCGGGAAACAGAGUAUUCUCUCCUUGCCUUCACCGAAAGCAGACAGAGGCGAAGUGAAUUUUCAGACGAGGUCAGAGAUUGAUGCGGACUUGUCCAGGAUGAAGAAUAUGAACGUACAUGAGGCGGCAGCGGUUGCAGCACAGGCGGUUGCAGAGGCGGAAACUGCCAUGGCUGAAGCUGAAGAAGCUGCAAGGGAAGCAGAGGUAGCAGAAGCCGAGGCAGAAGCAGCUAAAGCUUUCGCUGAAGAAGCUUUAAAGACAUUUAAAGGAAGAAACAACUGCAAAGUGAUGAUCCGUGCUUGA